CUGCACAAGUCGGAGUACCUCGGCAUUCUCAGAUUCGAACCAUGAUGAAGAGUAUCGUCUCGUCAACUUUUCCAGGCUUUACAAUCGCACAUGCACCCGAUGGGUUUCCUUGCCCCUUCCUUCCUGGCUGGGCGAGUCGUCGGGCGAGGAUCGGACACGCAAUCGAUGGGGAUUUGGUUUUGAGUUCUUCUUAAAUUCCAACGCGCUCUAGUACGUCACCAGGCACGAGAUUCUUCACCGCAAUGACUGGAGCACUUCCUGGUACACCAAUUUCAUUGAGAUUUCCGAAAAGCGGUCCACAUUAUUCUUCGUGGCCAUCUCAGUGGGAGUGGAGACCACUUCAACAGUCAGGUUUUCAAAAGCAAGGCGUCCGUGCUUUUUUUUGUGAACCGGCAUGUGUGGUGAUCCCCUGAGCUUCUGUCAGCUGCUGAAGGUUCAAAGUAAUAACCGGAAAGUUCUAGACGCCAAGUCUGUUAGACACAGAAUAUAAUGCCUAACUGAGAUCAAGCAGAUUCCAUAAAAGCGCGUCACUUGUGGAUCUUGAUUUCUAUUUCCUAACGAUUGAUGAAAUGCAGAGCUCCGUCCAUGCUCCAAUUCAUUAAUUCUGGCAUUCGGCUGGGUCGCUUCAGCUCUUAUGAUGGAGACGACACAGCUUUUGUUCUCUCCCGGUAAACUCAACAGCGUUCUCAUUUACAGCGAUCUUUACAUCCUCAUCUCAAGCCCAACAGGUUCAACAGACAAUACAUUAUCUCCCGAUGAGAAUUAACAGUUCUUACGUAUCUCAAGAUUAUGAGGCAAGGAAUCACCUCAUGCGAACUCUGACUUUCAUGCUCAUGAGAAAAUCUUUCGAUGCUAGUGUAUUCUUGUGCGAUAUCUAAUUUUUGAAUUGCUACGUCAAAGCAAGCAGUUCUUUCAUCUUGCUGACAGUUUCACCAGCCUCGUCCUCUCUUCUGUUCUGAUUGCUUGGAAUUUUUGGCUUGCCAUUUUCAUUGCUACCUUAUGCCGCCAUAUCAAGUCUUCUUCUUCUUCUGUGCACACCGAACAUAAGUACUAGCACCUACUCCUGUUUACCUCGAGAGCGGUCGAAGUAGUUGACAAUGUGUUUACCAGUACCUCCAGAAUCUGCUAAAAGCCCUCAUCAGAACAGGUGGAGAAGGAAAAUCCUCACCACCUUUCUGCUUUCCAAGCAGGCGAGGGUUGAUUCCUGUGCAGUGGAAAUUGCAGAAUCUGGUGCGGAAGUGGAUUUCAAGUCGCAAUCUGCUCUAGCAAUGUAUGAUAAGUGUCCAGUAUGCAUGAAGUCUGACGCUCAAUGGUAUUCCUGUGAUAGACGUCUGAUUAUUAAUGUGAAUAAACGUACUUUCCAGUUCACCAGCUGGUAUAGUGGGAAAUCAAUCUACUUCACACCACUUGCACCACUUGUAGGACCGCAAAAAUUACUGGCAAAUCAAAUUGAGACCUUACGUCAGAAGCAAAUCGGAGAAUUUCCGGAGAAUAUUUUACCACGACUAGUUCUUGUUGACUUCGUUCACUCCAGCUCGCCUUCCACUCUCCAUCAUUCAGGGCUACCCGUAGUGGCAGAGCUCGGCUUCCAGAGUCUCGGAGUUGGUCAUAGUCAAGGCUUCCAGGCUUCUUCUAACGAAGGCUCUACCGAAGACAGUUCCUUCAAAUACAGGUCUAGGAGUGCUCGUCGAAUCUUGGCAUUAUGGGAUGAAACUCUGGCAGUACUGUGCUCCUUCCUUCUGCUGUAGCACGCGAAGAAAUUCGGCCAUCGCUAAAAUGAGAAGAUUAAACUAAGGAGGACUAGAAAGUUUAGCGAAAUUGAUGGGAAGGUCCCAUCAAGCCUCAUAAGCAUCAAAUCAAACAAGUAACACGGGGCUAGUCCCCAUAGCACCAUAUUGUAAAAUGUUUUUGGCUGAUGUAACUAAAAGAACCGAAAUUGUACA